AUGGUCAACCCGCGUGCGAAGCACGCGACACGACACAAAUACCUGCUCAAACGACUCGUCAAGACCCUUCGCUCGGCGUGGGGCAUGCUCAUCGAGAUGGAGCCGACUGCACACCUCAGUUACAGUAACCCAAAACAACCUGACGUGGCGGCGGCGAACAUCGGCAAAGGGCAUGUGCGCCUCGUUGGCGACUUGAAACUCACGAGCUCGCUUGCGUGCAAGGGUGGCGAUCGGCUCGGCUGGAAGGGGGCUUUUGUCGCCUUCGGCAACACCGAGCGGGCGCUGCUCGACUUAGUGUUAGGGCAUGCUGCAUGGCCGCGGCCGGGAGGGGGGGGGGAGGGGGGGAGGGAGGCGGAGGAUGCAGAGGCGGAGGCGGCGGCGGCGGAAGAGGAGGAGGGGGAGAGUGAGGGGGAGGCGGAGGCGGGGGCACCUGUGACGGCCCGCUACGAGAAGGGCGAAUACCGGUUCGCGCGGGAGAAGAAUUGCGACCUGCGUUUGCUCGACUUCGAGACGUUCGGCGGCUUCGGGGACGGCGUCCGCAGAAUUCUUCGGCAGGCGGCGGACCAGCUGAGUAACAAACUUUCGCACGCUCAGCACCUCGAUGAGGUCACAUGGACCACCAAGAACUGGCACGGGCUGCAGAUGCAGCGCUUGUCUGUCGUUCUCCACACCGCCGUGGCGUGGCAGACGGUGGAGGAGUGCGAACGAGAGGUGGCCGCGGCAGCCAAUGCGCUCGAGAAGAACACCGGCGAAACUACGGGUGAAGCCGCGACGCCACCAGAGGCGGAGAAGAAGGGCGGGGGCGAGCCGCAACAGCAACUCACCCAGCAGCGAGAGCAGGCGGACCGGGAGGUGGAGGCAGCGUACGCAGACGUGCCACGCGUGCGGAAUGCGGCCAAAGAGCUCUUUCACGCCAAGGUGCGCAAGGCGCGCGCCGAGGCCGAGCACACUGUCGCGCUUGCCGCCAAGGAGACGAGGGCGAAAGUGGCGGCCAUGCGGCACGCGAUGGCGGAGGCGCAGGCAGAGAUGCUCGUCUUGGAAGAGGACGAGAGCAGAGGCGGCGGGCCGGGCACGGGCCGCUUCACGCGAGCGUCCAACAUGACGCUGGCCACUCUAUAA